AUGAACCUCCUGCUGCUGGCUGUGGGGCUGACCCUGCUCGGCUGCCCCCAGGCCCUGCACUGGGGGCCCCAGGACCCCAACUUCAACGAGACUCUGGUCAGCGGCGAAUGGUUCUUGGCAGGGCUGGCCUCCAACCAACCCAAACUCCUGAAGGAGGACGAGGACGCACGGCUGCUCAUCCACCGCGUCCAGGUGACCCCCAGGGCCCUGCAGCUCCACCUGCGCAGGAAGGUAAAUGGUGCAUGUGUCCCGAUUACGAUGACGGCAAAUAAAAUGAAAAGGAAAUUUCAGUACCUGCUGGAGAAUGCCGCCCAGAACAGGGUCUUCCUGGGAAAAGCGGACCCCAAGAGCUACAUCAUCCUCUGCAACCACCGCGAGGAACGUGAGAAGGAGGUGGUGGCAGUGAGCCUCCUCAGCCGGACACCUGAGGCAAGCCCGGACGCCCUGCUCAUGUUUACCGACUACUGCAGAAACCACGGGAUCCACACGACCAACAUCAUCAACGUGACCAGAACUGGUGGGUGCCCACCCCUGCCCCAGCCUCGGGGGGCGGAGGGCACAGCCCGGACCUCCGCUCGGCUCGCCACAGAUCGCUGCCUCUGCGCCUGA